UGCUGUUGUAUCGUUUGAGUAGCCAAUACUUUUGAGAACUAUACCUGUCUACACUUGAAUUAUGAAUGUUCUGAGUACCUACAACGAUUUGAAACAUUAUUUAUAGCUGCGGUAAAACAGAAGGAAUUGUUAGGCUGAGUUUUGUAAUAAUGCAAUGAAAUCCGACAUCAAACUGCAGUAAUGGGGGUGUGUUGGUGUAAAGACAAGGCCCCAGAAGAAGGUGAUGUGUACUCACUCAGCCCGGAGCCAGAGUCUGUGUCCCCGGCUGUGUCGGAGACGCGGCCUCGCGGCAUGAAGGUUGUGGACUCAAAGCUUGUAGACCAACUUGUGCUAGAAAUGCUUGGUCUCAUAGCGUCAAUUGUUGACAACGAAGAAGAAUCUCCAGUCUCCCUGGUCAAACUGCAUAUGAUAGCAGACAAAGAGGAAGGGUGGAUACAGGUGGUGAAGUCCAUGGUCAGAGUGAUACCGCUCGAAGACCCUUUCGGCCCAUCUGUCAUCACCAUCCUACUGGAUGAUUGUCCGCUACCCUCCAAAGACUCAGUUAUAAAGGUGACGCAAAUGCUGGGGCUGUCGUCCCAGAGGGCAGCGCUAGGCGACAUGAAUGUGCGAGUUGAGCGGAACAUUUGCGUAGUGCUGGGCUGCCUGGCCGACAAGCUUGCGGGACCCAACAGCGUUGCCGUACUCACACAGAACACACUCGACUAUCUCAUCGCGUUUCUGGUGAAACGUCGCGAAGCAUGCGUGGUCCUAUUCGCGUUGUUAGCAUUAGAAAAAUUUGCCCACACGACUGAAAACAAAUUGACGAUCAACAAGUGCCUGGAGCGAGAGCGAGAAAACCCUCUGCUCGAGCUGGAGAAGUUAGCGGGGAACAAGGAUCCCGUGUGGCGGCAGGUCGGGUUCUGCGCGCAGUGGGCGCUCGACAACCUGUUCCUAAUCGAAGGCCGCAAGCUUUCCUACGAAGUCGUGGACAUGUCCACCAUCAACGUGAUUCUGAACUCGCAAGACGUGAGCGAGUACUUGAAGAUCUCGUGCGACGGUCUCGAGGCGCGAUGCGACUCUUACUCGUUCGAAAGCGUACGGUGCACAUUCCAAGUCGACGAGGGCUGCUGGUACUACGAGUCCGUCAUCGUGACGCCAGGGGUCAUGCAGAUUGGCUGGGCGACCAAGAACAGCCAUUUCCUUAAUCAUGAAGGAUACGGAAUCGGAGACGACCUGUACUCACUCUCGUACGACGGCUGCAGAAAGCUAAUUUGGUACAAAGCGCGCCCCGAGCCCGUUACGGAGGUUCCCGAGUGGCGGCCGGGGGAUGUGCUAGGAGCUCUAAUAGAUAUGAACACUAAGGAAGUGAUAUUCUCGCUCAACGGCCGACGGUUGCCACCGUGUAGAGAGAUAUUUGAAACUACCAGGCAAGGCUUCUUCGCCGCUGCGAGCUUCAUGGCGUUCCAACAGUGCCGCUUCAACUUCGGCCACGAGCCGUUCAAGUUCCCACCGACCGACCGGGCGUUCGCGUCGUUCAACCAGCACGGCUACUUGACCGACGAACAAAAAAAGGUUGUGCCUCGAAGGAUAUACCUGGAACAGCUCCGCUGCUCAAGCGUGAAGGAGGACUCCUGCACGCUUUGCUUCGACGACACCGCCUGCUGUGUGCUAGAGCCUUGCGGACACAGAGGUUUCUGCUCGCUGUGCACAUCGCAGUUGAAGGAGUGCCCGAUGUGCCGAGCGGGCAUCGUGACCGUGCGCCGCGAGGAGACAUGACAGGAGUCGCGCGACAGCGAGUCGAGUCCCAACAUCACGCUCGACGAGUCCCCCACGCCGCCCGCCGAGGCCUGCGACUCCGAGGACCAGCUCUUCGACCCGCCCGCUGAUCUCAUAUAUCGCCUACACUAGGGCCAUUCUUUACCUUCCACACUGUUAAUGGCAAUUUGUAAACCUUAUUGCAAAGACACGAUGUCACCGAUGGCAAGUUAAGUGUUGCUCUCAGUACACUAUACACUACUUUAUAGCUUUGUUCGUAGCCAAUAGAUAUCGUGGGAUCAUAUUGACUACUAUUAUGUGCCAAAUUUAAGGCAAAUUGGAUAUUGAAAUCAUGUCGUUUGUUUCAUGUAGCAAAAUGUGAUAUUGAUAUACAAACAGGAAUCCGCGGGGCAAAAUUGUUUGACAAGUAGGGAGUUCCUGUAUCGAUAAACUCAACUAUCGAUGCUAGGUCUAUAUACUAGUGAUCACUCAAGGGUUUGCUUGUAAAAAUAUGUUUUUAUUAAGAGUAAAAAAAUAAUUAAAUAAUAACUAAAUACUCUUCUUCGUUUUUAAGACAAGACAAUUUUAUAAUUUUACUCAUCCCAAUUUUUUUCUUCGUGAAUGUCUCAUUUACUGUUGUUAAAGUAAACGACCAGAAUUUGUUCCAUAUUUUCGGGCGUUAAGCGUCUCCGUCUUGGCUGAUAAAUCCAUUUCAGGUGGCUAAAUGAUUUUUCAAUUUCUGUGCAGGGGCAUAACAAUUUUUCAUAAAGUGAUCUAUUGUACUUCGUCUAUUCUUCGGUUUUAAAAUUACUUGUUCACCUUUUUGUUGCAUUUUUUUUUUUACUCUUAAUAAAAACAUAUUUUACAAGCAAACCCUUGAGUGAUCACUAGUAUAUAUAACUAGCGUCGAUAGUUGAGUUUAUCGGUACAGGAACUCCCUACUUGUCAAACUAUUUUGCUCCGCGGAUACCUAUGUCUGUUGAUAUCAUAAAAAUUCCUAAGGUACUGAACAAAUUUAUAGAGUAAUUGUUAAAUGACAGUUUAAAUAUCUUUUUUAAUUCGUUAUGUUACUUACAAUAUCAAUACAAAAAUUACUUUAGUGCUAGUACAGUCAGCGUCAAAUAAUUUUUAGCAACCAAAGUAGCCAAAUAGUUCGGUACACCAUAUAUUUAGUAUGGUGUACCGAACUAUUUGGCCACUUUGACUGCUACAAAGUAUUUGACGCUGACUGUACAAUGGUGCCUCGUAAUAAUUCCGGAACGAAGUGUUUUAUAAUCAAUUAGGAAUUCAACUUUUGUAUGGAUAAAUGACAACGACAAUAUGUCUAACUAGAUCCAUGUUUUCACCUAAACAAUAUUGAUACAAGUGUGUCGUUUUUUAAUACCAAAAUUUGAAUUUGAAACUUGCGGUGGAAAUAUGACCGGGAGAUGCAUUGUGAGUUAGUUUAUGCAGGUUCUAGCAAAUAUGUGAGUGUCAAUGUCAUGAGAAGAAUACUGGACACUUAAUUAGUUAUCGGGAAACUAUCGGAAAUUCAAAUUUCGAUCAUUAGCUUAUUUGUGAUUUUGUAGGGUAGAACCCAAUCUAGAAAGGCUGCCGCAUCAAGGCAAAGACAGCACUGUAAGUACCCUAGACAAGCCAGAGAAAGUUACAUUUCCGUCUCUAAUCAAAGUGAAGAUACAAUAUCAAAAAUAAGCAGUGACGUAACUCUUCAACCAGUAACAGCCGAUUUUAAAAAUUUAAACGAUGAUAUUAACUUCCGAUAACUAAUUACUAGCACUUAGUGCUAGCAUAGGUAGCACUAUCCGUUUAGUCCGAUCGGCAGAGAGGUCGGUGGCAAGCGUCGCUGUUAUUAUAUUAUUACUAACUGUUCAGUAGAAGUGUGGAAUUAAUGUUGUAGGUUAGUAUUGCCGUAAACUGUACAAUCAGUAAGCAGCGGUAGCGACGUGGUGGUACUCCGACGGGCGUAUAAAAUGAAACCAGUCACAAGAAUUCUACAUUCCUAUUGUUGCAGGUGACUUAAUGUUAAGUGUGGAGUAGGGAAUGGUCCCGGUACUGAGUUUGCAUGGCGAGAAACGGGAAUUCCUGGAUCCGGUGCUGUAUGUAUAUAGAAAACCAGUACCGGGAGCACUCGCUAAUGUGGGGGCCUAAAAGAAACAUUGCUUCACGGUGGUGCUCGAGCAGGCCUAAAGACUGUAGAUUUACUCUUUCAAAUGAUCCCAAAUCGAGGCGUGACCGUCGCAUUGGGACCGUUAAUACAUACUAUAUUUUUGCAUUAAGAUUAUUUUUAGUUGGCAAAGUCAUAAUAUUACGUUAAAAUUACGACUGAGUUUUAUUAAGUGAAGAGUUUGGUUAAUGAGUUUCAUUAUAUAGGUCAUAUCCGUCUAUAUAGCCGUCCGAAUUUUAGUGUACUGUCCACUUGUUUGCAAUAUUUUUUUUUGAUUCAACAAAUAUGUCAAAUUACCAACGCAUGCUAUAUUAACUGAAUAAACAGAAUUAAUUUUGUAUUAAGCAUGGCGAACGAUGAUAUUAAGCUUAGAAUAUAUUUAAAAGUGAAAAUAAAUACUGUCUUGGGUGAGACUUGAACUUACGACAUUUUAUCGCUAGCCCAUACUCUGCCAUCUAAGCUACUAAGACCCUACCCAAGGACAGCAAACAUAUCUAACAUAAGGACUAUUAGGGCGGUAUCCUAGCGACAUCUACUGUAAGUCAUAUUGAAAAUUCAGUAACCAUGCGCUACCCCAUACUAAAUUUAUUUUGUGUCCAGCAGCGAACGAUGCUAUUAAGCAAAAAUAAAUACACACAGUAAAUGUUUCCUCUUAUAAAUUUAUUCUUAGCUGAAUAAACUCGAUGUUACAGCCAUAUGCGUCUAUACCUAGAUAUUUUUGUACCACGAACGUUGACGUCUAAGUGUUUUACAAAAUAAAAACAUCGACAGUCCUGUUAUCGAUAAGUGCCACUUCAACGUGAUAGAGGUAAUACAAAGAAAAUAUAGGGUAAUAGGGUGCGUUAAAAAUAGAUAAUAGUAACAAAACUAUAAAUUUAUUUAUAUUUUACAUACUUUAGAAAACAAAUUGAAACCCUUUUGUAACUUUCUUUCUUCGUGUCACUGAAUUAAUUCUCCCAUAAGUCACUCCAUGAUAAACACACAACCACACUGAAAGAAAUGUUUGCAUAACUGUAACAAAAUUUUGGUUACUGUUUACACAAAAAUUGGGACUUGCGAACUAUGUGUUAUAUGUUACAAAACCGUGUUUGGCUAUCAGUGUUCAGGUACUGGGUAUACACUACAAAAUAAGUUUGUAAAUUUAUGCAAAGUUUAUUUUCUUAUAACCGUAGUUUAGUUAUUUAGUAAAGUUACAAAACCAGUUCGGCUAUCUAUUUUUUUCAGUGCAAAUUGUCUUUCAAAUUAACGCAGAAUGAUACAACGUACUAUAAUAUUAAACCCAAUUUUGAUCCCAUAGCAAAUCUGUGUCUGUGACUCUGUAUAUGGCUACAGUGUAGGUGUAUCUUAGUUUUUUAUUAUUAACGGUAUCGCACUGAUGUAUUAAUGACCCUCUUUCUCUUUUACUUAAAUAUGUAUACGUCGUUGAAGUAGUAAGUAUAUACUUAUCGAUAACAAGAUUGUCGAUAUUUUUAUUGUGGUAAGCACUAAGCAAAUUCUGUUCCUGCUAGAAAAAUAUCUAGGUAUAAUAUGACAAUCUAAAGCCAACCGAAAAGUUAAAAUGUAUCAUAAUGAUAGAUGCCAGUGAAAAAUCACUUGUUCUUUUACAUUAUUUAUUUUUUGAUUUGCGUGAUUGAUAUUGUCAUUUUGGUACGCACCCGUAACGUUCAGUUGUAAUCCUUAUUUUGUUUUUACAAGGGGGAAAAGUUGUUGUUUAACUCCUCGUGCUUAUAUUGAUACCCGAGAAAGCGAGAGAUUUCAAAAUUGAACCACGAGCGUAGCGAGUGGUUCGAAAUGUAGGAUUUAGAGAGUUUCAAGGCACGAGGUUUAAACAAACAUUUGCUACCGAAUGAAACAAAAAAAAUUUCACCACACCAAUGCGAUUAAAAUACUGACUCUAAAACAUUACAAAUCAAAUCCAAAAUAACGCUAUUUUAGAAUUCUAAAUCAUCACUUAAAAGUCGUUCCACCAGCCAGCAUGUGGAAUCAACUCAACAUUUACAUCUAAUUACUGUGCCACUGUAGUGGAGAAGUAACUUUCUCAUUCGUUUUUGAAGAAUAGAGCGUAUACGAGCUCGUGUGAUGAGAUUUUUAUUAAUCUAUAUGUAUACUUCUGAUUAUGAAGACAAAUGUAAAUAGCUAAUCAAAGUAGUUGUUCUUUCAUAAUCAAUCGAUGUGUAACAUACGAAAAAUGUUUAUAACAAAAAUAUGCUAUUUUUGCUACAUGCAUGGUUCAUUCAAAUAUAAUAGUGUACGAUAGCUUCGUUAUAAAAGAUAGUUAUAUGCCUAGGUAACCAUGUUAAGAUUACCGAAGGCAAAAUAAAGCAGUCACCGUCUACAAAUGAUAUAUAUAUAUAUAUAUAUACAUACAUAUUUAGGGCACUAGUAUAUUGUUAAGCGGCGCCUCGGGGAUGAGAGACCUGAGUAUAGAGAUAUUCAACCUCUAAGUAAGAUAAAUAUUCCCUUUUUGCUUUAAUACGAGGCCUUCAUCAUAAAUAAACUACGAAAUAUCAAUUUUAUCUUGUAGUAAUGUAAGUAGGUAGUCACGAGGGGCGUCAGAAUUAGAUAGUUUAACAAAUUAAAAAAUUGGUCAAAUUUAAUUAAAGUUGUAUUUGAAGAAAAUUAUUAAAAUAAUCGAACGGAGGGAUGAGCUUACGCCGAGGCCAGCUUGUUAUAUACUUGUUAUAUGCUGCGCCGUCAGUGUAGAUGUGUUCAUUCUCUAAGGCGCGCCCCACUCCGUAUCUUUUUGCCUCAAUGUGCAAUGUGCAAAUCUGUAUGCCUUUUGCAAGUGAACAUAUCUAUAACGGCAUAGCAUUCUCGGAAAACGGACCUAUACCUACUUCAAAAUUUAGAGUGCUCUGUGAAAUUUGAAAUCGUCUAAUAACGAGUAAAAUCUCACAUUUGAGUAAUGAUCUUUGUUUAACAGAGAAUGUGGUUUAUCAGGCACAAAAUUAUUGACAUAUAUCUGCGUGCACUAAGAAUAGUGCUAAUUCAGCGGUGUCACUCACGAAUUAGAGCCAAUCGUGAAGUCUAUCGCAACUAGUUGCGACCAAUCGCGCGCGUGUUGCAAACUCACCAACUAAUCGCGUUUUGGCGUUAGACUGCACAAUUGGCUCGUAUUCGUGUGCGUGACACCGCUGUACUGGCCCCAUUCUUAUUGCCUGCAAGGCCUUAGAUAUAUGUCAAUGCACAAAAUAGGUUAAACUUCGUUAUUGUUAAAAUAAACAAUACAAAGCCAUCCUUUACACAAUAAGGUUACUGAAAAUAGAUUCAACUAGUGAAUGGAGCUUAUUUAUAUCGAGAAUCAUUUACUGUUGGUUAAAAUGGUAAAGGCUGCGAGACGGGUACAGCUGUGGUACGAGUACAGUCACCAACGAUGGGGUGGGGAAUGCGUCAGGCUUAUGAAAACGAAUUGUAGAUGGAGCUCUUCUAGGUACAUAAGAAGGGUCUAUCGUUGACGGUAUACGUAUAACAGGGACCCCUGUUUGUGUAUAAUAAUGGAAACGAUGCCACGUCGAUAUUCAUAUUGACAGUUGCCUUUUCCAUUAUCUUACACUGAUAUGAUACAUUCAUAUGUUUUCAAAUAUUUCAAAAAGUAGCUCGCCAACUGAGAUGUUAUCGCUGGUGACUUUACUUUGCUGUUACUGUACUAACGUGCUGUUGAAUAUAUUUGUAACAGAUUCGUUUCUUCAAACAAUUGUAACACUCAAUAAAACGUGGUUCAAAUACAGCUCUUUUCGUUCUUGUGUAAAGAUUUAAAUUUAGGUAAUCGUAACAGGUCUUAUCAUAAUUGAAUACUAGUAUAAGAUGUUGAAUGAUUAGUAUUACGAUCUUAAUUUUUGUUAUAAUCAAGUAUACGGUAAAAGUAAUUGAGCUUUAAAUUUUAUAAGUUUCUCCAGCCAGAAUUAGUUAUCCUAAAUGCUUAGGUUAAAGUUAGUUGUAACUCUUUACUUUAACCAAAACUUGCUGUCACAAAGUGCCUUGAUGGAAACUGAAAUGAUCAAACUAUAAAAAUUAAUUUCAGAAUAAAUUAGUUUUGACAAUAUGUUAAAGAUCGGUACGACGACGAGCGAUGCAAGGAGGAGCGUGUCAGGUCAACUUUGACCAAACUGCCGGAACGGACUUUCAUAUUUUACGAUAAUUACUUACAACAAUAAGGCUUUUGUGUUGUGUAUGACCUAAUAGUAAAAAUAGUCCAUGCUUAUUUUUUUAAUGUAAUAUAAUCUCGGUGACAACAAAGGUACCUUGUGAAAUCUAGUUCUUACCUACUUAAAAAUAGGAGUUACUAGGUUUAACCUAGGCAUUUAACAAAACGCGUUUUAACUAAAAACCUGUCUAUACUGUGUGUAGCAUGUACAUAAGUAACAUUUAAAUAUGGGGUAUUACUGCGAUGUUCUGCCGUCAAAGUGCCGCACUAGCACAAAUCGUAAACCAUAGAGUAACUUAUACAUACUAAUCAUACUACACAGUUAAACAGUUUUUUUCCAAGUUUUCACAGAUAAUUUGGAUUACAAAUAAAUAUGACAUUGAUGCUAAAAGGCUGUUUGUUUACAGAGGGCCUACCGCGAAACGCGAAAAUCGAAAUUUCGUUAUCUGCUUCUCUAUCGCUCGAACAUGCGAGAGUGACAGAGAGGGAAACGAAAUUUUAAUUUUUGUUUUUUUUUUGCGGUAGGUCCUCCGUUUGUGCUAGUGGUGCCCCCUACACAGAAUGUUGCGUAAUAUUCCCUAUUGGUGUCGAAAAUGAAAUAAUUAUUAUCUGCCUUGAUACUCUAACCUUUUUUUACUCACUGCCAGUUGUCGUCUGCUUUACCUACGUGCCCGCACACACAUACUUGUUGAAUGCCUUGUUAUACACACAAAUGUCUUCUAUAGACAACGAAAAAUGCCAUUAUCUACCGGUCUUCAGACUAAGACUUGGUACGGCGAAAAUAUCUUGAACAUUGCUCUUUAUUGAAGAGCCCUUAUUACUGAAGUCGAAGUUUUGAAUCAAUUCCGGAGCAAUUAUUAUUUUUCAUAAGUAAAUGUUUUUUCAUUCGUAUUGGGUAUAGAGUUGUAUUUUUUUAAGGUGGUCGAAUAUUCCUGAAGAUCUCUCCCAAUAGAAACUAUAAUAACUUCAUCACAAUGGCUGCCGUCUCAUUAUGGGAAGUGUGAGUUCCACUGGGAUCAUGUGUGCAUUUUACGUGUGGGCUAUCAUUAUCGAAUGCAUUAUUAUUAGCUACAUUUAAGCAACAGCAAUUGACACAGCUUGCAUCUCAAGUUCGAAAAACUAUUAAAAAAAUUACCUAAAUGUAUGAGCGCCACAGGACAAAUUGCCGUUUUAUAAUUAUUACUAGGUUAAUUUUUUAUUCUGAAGAUUAGGGUUCCUUCUCCUGCAAAAUACCGUAAAACUAAGUUACUCUGAACCAUUUUUUAUAUUAGAUAUGACACUUUUUGAGCAGAAAAAAAAUAUAACAAUCUACAAGAUAUGAGCAAUGAUAUGGUUUUUCGGGAAAACUAUUUUGAUUUAAAUGAGUGAAAAAAAAAAAACUUUAAUUCACCCCUAUUUCUUUCAGUUGUAUCCUUUUUGUACUGCAACUGCUUUAUCGAAAAUAUAUGAAACUUUUCAACCUUUCUCACAAAACACUAGAAAACGAUUAGGUUUUCUUGCUUUUUGAAAAUUCAUAAAACUAUGCCUCAAUUCCCAAAAAAAUAAGCCUAAAUCUAGCCUAGGUUCCUACCAUUACCUUGCUCUCGUCCGAGUCGUCCGUAUAGUCAGUCCGGGGCAAGUCGUGUUGCUAGACAGACCUGUGCUGCGUUGCGCGCAAUAGCAAUUGAAAUUCCAUUUAAAAACGAAUAGUUCUGCGCGCUCGAUGCUUUCAAUUGCUUGGAAUUGACGGUUCCAUCUGUCGGUUUUGACGUUCGGUCUGGCCUAGUGGGUAGUCAUCUAUUUUUGCCUAAGAUCAAAACGCGAAUUUCUCCAGGAUGGUAGACAUUUUCCAAGAUGGCUGCGAUUCUUUGAGGUUCCCAAAAGUGAAACGGUGUGGACAUGAAAAAGGGCCUUUAAUUUGCAUACACACCGAAUUUCAGGACUGUUUGUCCUAUUCCGAUUCCUAUUGUGCUAAACGUUACAUUAAACUGGUUUUAAUGCCCUUGUGUGUAACGUAUUCCAUUCAUCAUCGAAGUCAACCUGUGAACCUGGGUUUAUUAAAUACCAGUCUUUGAAAUGGUGCCCUAUUGAUUUUCCAAGAAAAAAUACGCCGAUUUUCGUUUCGCCGACAACGAUUCGCUGACGGGUUCUUUGGCAGAGUAACGAUUGGCAGAAUGUCAUUACGCAUAAUAGUCGUUUGCAAAAGUAGUCAGUAGAGUAGUUGAUACGCAUACGAGUAUUUAAUUUUCGUAGAAUAAAUCAUUCGGUAACUGUCACAUUUACCCGAGAAACUAAAAUAUUGAUUGGCAAAACUUAAAGCUUAUAUGCUUACUUUACUCUUUGUUAGACUAGGACAUGACUAGACAACUUUUAAUUUGAAUCUGAUAAACAUGGUUUUGAUACAUUUAAUUAUUUACUUAUUUUUUAUAUUACCAUAACAUUAAAAUCUAUAUAGCAUAGGUAAAUAUAAUACCUACGCCUUUGUUCAUAUCGAGUAGGUUUUUUUACACGUUUAUUGAGUGUAGGAAUGGGGCUCGUUAAUUUACGAUAUAUUGCCGAAUAAGUAUAAGAAGCAGCAAAUUUUAUAAACUACGACUAUAUACUCGUAGUAGGUACUUAGGUACCGCAAUUCGUAAAUGUAUAAAUAAACUUUAACUUUUUUCGAAAAUAAAGAUGUAUAAAAUGUGAAACUUUAUUCGACUAAACGUUGCUUAAACGAAAAGAUUACUCUGCUAAAUGAAAAUCUUCCAAUUAGUUCUGCUAAUUUACACAGAAGCGAACAGAGCCCCUAGUGUAAAUUUAUUCGAUUUCGUAACGUGACGUACGCGUUUGCGUUAAGUCUCAUUUUGUACGCUAUCGAAUAAAUGUACACUAGGGGUACUGGACUGUGUGUGAGUCUGCGUAACGUUAGUCGACCAACAGUUAAAUAAAUAAAUCACUCUCUGCGAAAAGAUGUUCGGCGAAUCGUUGUCUGCGAAUCGAUAAUAUGCUAAAAAAUUGACCGAGAAUCAUUAGAUACCCCUUGAAAUAAGUAUCGUACUUUAAAGUGUGACUAGACGACCUACCAUGCAUUGGGGCUCGUAGGCAUGGAGUUUAUGACCACUAGCAACUGCCCAAGGCGAUACAGGCUGAUACGAAAUACUAGGUUGAAAUUACGAUUUUCUUGUGAUAACAACAUGUAACAAACAAAUCGAUGUACCAUUUCAUCCAGAAGAUACAGUAUAAAAUGCUAUACUUAGGUGAUUAUAUAAAUAAGUUUGAUUAUUUUCAUUUUAUAGAAUUACGCGAAAAUACGUCAACAGAUGUAGUUGAAAAUGAUCAUUUAUUUUUGACGCUGAUUGUUUUGUAAAUGCAUUAUUUAUAUAUUUUUAAAGAUACGGAUAAAUUACAAACUAAUCGUAAUGGUAGUUAUAUUUCUCCCAAUCAAGUUUAUUGGUAGGUACCUAAAGGCAAACCACUCCGCUGCUUGAUAUUUGAAUAUUGUUGGUAUCUGAAUAUAAUAUUCCGCAUUAGCCCUAAGUUUUAAAGGCGAAAAGUAUGUAUGUUCUCAUUCGAAUGUUGUGUAAAAAAGCAUGGAGCUUUUACUAGUACAACAAAAUAUAAGCUAAGAAUGCGUGGGUAUUGUAAGUAAAAACUGAUUCAUUUCAUUUUUAUUACUUUGUAAAUUAAAUGUUUGUGCAACUUGAAAGAUAUAUUACGCCAUGACAUGUUAAGAGAUUGUUGAUAACGAGGAGAGAUGUAUUUAAGACACCAUCUUGUUUUUCUUUGUCAGCACACCCUUCAGGUCGCAUGUUAUAAAAAUAUCGUACUUGCAACUUUUGGUUAGGUAUAAACAAUUAUUUUCUUACGCAAAUUAUAAGAAAAAGUUAUUAUUACAA